GGUGCCCUCCCUGUGUGGGGUUAACCCUGCUGCCUGCUCAGCCUGCAAGAGGCUGCCCUCUUGGGGCUGUGGGAACACUGGAGCUCUACUUUGCUGCCUGGAGCAGGUAGGAGGCUGCUGGAGCAGGCAGCAGGCAGCUCAGCGCUGCCUCUGCCAGGCUCCUGCCAGCGCUGGCGCUGCCCCAUGUGAGGCGUGCUGGAGGCACAGGCGCAAGCUGGUUUGGGCCUUUCGGCUCCCAUCCAGGUAGUCUAAUGCAGAGGGAGUGUACACCGUGUCCGUAGCCCCCUUGUGCAGCUGGGCAGCAUCAGAAGGGCAAAGGAGCAAAGCUUUUGCCCCUUCGAAGGCUGUCCUCCAGCCAGCAGCUCCCUUGUGUGACUGUUGGUUGGGUGCUGCUGGGUGCUGGGGCUCUCCAGUCUGCAGUGCCCCUCUGUCCCAGGGGGGCCCUGGCAGAGGUCCCAGGGGUGGGGAUGCUUUGUGCUGGCUCUGCUCUGCUCUCCCCGGCUGUGGGGAAUACAGUGUGGAGAAGCCGGCUGUGGACAGCUGGGCCUGCAGCUCAUCUGCUGCUUGGGGGAAGGGAAGAACAAGGUCCUGCUGCCUCUGCUCUGCAGAGGCCCUGGAGCCAAUGCUUCUGCAGUCUGCUGUAUCCAGCAGAAGGCCCUCAUCUUGCUGUGCUGCCAGUACACCUUUGUAGGAGAAGGAUUGAUCCCCUGGUGCUGUUAGUGCUGUGUCAGAGCAGAUGCAUGCCUGGAGCUGCCCAUCUCUUCCCAUCAGGAUGCAACAGGCUGGGGUAGCGGUGGGACUGCUGGAGCCAGGGAAGGGUUCACACCUGCUGAUUUUUUGCCCUUGGGCUAGGGCAGCUGCCUCUGCAUGGCGCCUCUGAGCUCUGCCAGUCUCCUGGCUCUGCUCCUCGUUAUCCCAUGCAUUUUGGGACAGCAGUGUGUUUCAGCCCUGGGUGUGGGAAGACUGCUGGGGCAAACCGAGCCACUGUUCCUGCUAGCUCUGCUGGAUGUCCUCUAGGGCUGGAGGCUGCUACAGGAGCUCCGUGGGCCCCACGUAACAGCAGGGACACAAGCUGGGCCCUGCCCCCUCAGAAGAAAGGGUGUCAGGUGUGGGCAGAGUUUUGCCUGUCCUGCACGAGGGCUGUACCCUUGUCCUCUCGCAUUGCCGCUGCUGCAGGCCAGAGGCAGCUGAAGCCCCUGGGAGCUGAAGGGCCAUCUUGUUGAACCCAUGCUGAAUUCAUGGGGCUGCAUUCAGGAAGGAGAUGCCCGGGCUUGGAGAACCUGCACUGGUGGUGGAGAAGCUGCUCUAUGGGUUAAUCAUCUUCCUGGUUAACAACUGUCUUGAAAGACUCACCCACUUGUCUUUCGGGGAUGGGUCUCACCCUGCCCUGCCUUGGCUUGAUAGAAAUCCAUCCACUGUCAGAAAUCUCCCUCUGCGAGGUGCUUUUCUGCCCUCCAAAUCCUGCCUGUGUGUAUCACAGCUUUGGCUGGGGAACGGGCUCCGCACUUGCUCACAGGCCCCUCGUGAGGACACGAGACCCACUAGGGCUGGUCUCGGGGUGGCCCACGGCCUGCCUCCUGCAGCCAGUGGUGGUGAGGAGCAGCAGGAGUUGGAAGAUGAUCUGGUGACUGCGUGUAAGUACUCACGGGGGAAAUGCUACCUGCCGAAGAGCGGAACCGAGAGCUGGAGACAGAAGUUGGACAGCUUUCAGGAGGGCUCGCUUGCAGGGCUGGAGCAGGGCUGGGCUGGUUGGGUGCUGCUCCGAUCUCUGCUGUAUUGUUGUUUUCUGAAGGGAGCUGCUGUGGGGCUGAGGGAAAGCCCUCGCUCGGGUGAGUGGCCAGGCACGGGGCACGAGGAGGGGCUUCGGGGGACAGGGGCUCCUCAAAACGGGCACAAAUGCCGCGGGGUGGCUGGCAAGAAGGGAGAGGCUGCGGACGGUGCAAAAAUUACUCGUGGUGGGACCAGCCCAAGAUCUUCCGCUGAUGCCGUUGUGUUAGGGAAAGUGAAAUUCUCGGUGUUUCCUAGCAAUGAAACGUGGAAAGGUGGUGGUGGGGGGGGCGGAAAGGAGCCACAAAUAGGUUGCGACGGGUGCUGAGCCAGCACCAACGCUCGGGGACGCGGGAUUCGCCCUGAGUGGGUCCGUGAAAGCGCUGCCCAAAACGCAGCGGGAAGGAGGGGAGAAAGAAACACCGAGUGACCCUGUCCCUGUGUCGCCGGGGGGGUGCUCGGAGGGUUCCCGGUGCCGCGCUCGGGGCUCGCGAGG